AUGGCAGCAAACAGCCCCUUCGUCUCCGGCCAGGCCAAGUGGAUCUGGGUUCCUGGCUACGACGAUAUAACGAAUAAGGGUCAGUUUGUCAACUUCCGUAGGAGCUUCGAGGUCAAGGAGAAGAUCGAUGGGGAGAUCCUACUUCACGUCUCGGCAGAUACACGGUACCGUCUCUACCUCAAUGGCCAAAGCAUCAGCUUUGGGCCGUGCAAGAGCUACCUGAGCCGAUGGAAUUAUGAGACUGUCAACAUUGCCCCCUUUUUGAGAGUUGGUGUCAACGUGUUGGCUGCCAGGGUCCUGCGCUUCUCCAUUGCCCACGAUGGCUGCCUGAGUAUGAUCAGAAGCCCGUUGCCAGGUUUGAUUGUUCACUGCCAGCUGGCUGACCUCGGACUUCACACUGACGAAAGCUGGAAGGCAAAGCUGGAUGAAGCCACGCAACUUGUACCGGACUCAAAAUGGGAUUAUCGUCUAGGCCCUCAAUUUUUGAGCCUGAAUGAAAAUGUGGAAGGCCCAUUGCUGGACCUCGAUUGGAACAAGGUGCAAUAUGACGACAGCGCCUGGCCGGCGGCGAUUCUUGGCACACCGCAGAGGAAGAUGUCUCCCAUCCUAGACCCGCGGCGACUAUUUCCGCGUGAGAUUCCAGCUCUUCCAGAAAUUUAUGCCCGUUUCUCGGGAGUGGUAAAUCUCGAUGGGCCAAUCUCAAAAGAGGCCUGGACUAAUCUCUUGCUCAACGAUGCUGCGCUCGAGAUCCCAGCCAACACCAGUACUUGGGUCGAGAUAGAAUCAAGCACGCUAACAACUGCCUUCUUCGAUCUAUUGGCCACCUUCAACGGUCAGGACGACAACUUGCCCACUCUUCAGAUUCUCUGUUCAGAAUGUUACGAACAGCCAAUGGAAGAGUCGACGUCGCGCGUCAAGGGUGACAGGACAGACUUUCAAAAGGGACAAUUGUACGGCAUGACGGACACUUACGUUCCUCAUAGAGGACAGAACCACUACUCUCCAUUCUGGUUCCGAACGUUUCGCUUCAUUCGAUUGACAAUCGAUACAAAGUCCAGCCCCUUGACGCUGAACUCCUUCAGCUACCGUUCGACGCACUAUCCGCUUGAGGUCGGCACAAAAGUCGAAACAUCCUCCCCCUUUAUUUCAAAGCUGUGGGAUAUCAGUAUCAAUACUCUACGGAAUUGCAUGCACGAAACAUAUGAAGACUGUCCGUUCUACGAGCAGAACCAAUUUGCCAUGGACACGCGAAGUCAGAUCCUCUUCACAUACCUCAUUUCCAGAGACGACAGAUUGGCGAGAAAAGCCAUGAAAGAAUUCCAUGCUUCUCGAAGAGAAGAUGGCCUCAUUGAGACGCAUUUCCCAUGUCCAGGUCGCGGCAUGAACAUUCCGACAUUCUCGCUCUUUUGGAUCCUCAUGGUAUACGACCACAUGGUAUUCUUUGGCGACGAGCAAUUAGUCAAAUCAUAUGUGGGUGCGAUUGACGGAAUUCUGAACUACUUUGAUGCCAGAAUCAAUGAUCAGGGUCUCGUGGGCCAGUUUGAUCCCGACUGCUGGGCGUUUGUGGACUGGGCCGAUGGGUGGUUCACCCCCGGUCGCGGCUUUACUGGCCUGGCCGUGCCAAAGUCGUACUACUCCAAGGGCGCUGCAACGUAUCAUAGCUUGCUGUACGCAUACACGCUGCUCAAGGCAAGCGAAUUGCAGACGUUCCUCGGCCGCAAAGAUACUGCCAAGGAAUAUCUAUCGCGACACGGGUCUCUUCUGCAGGCCGUGAAGCAGCAUUGCUUCGACCAUGAAAGCGGCUUCUUCUUGGAUGGGCCCGGAUCAAUAGAUGAGCGCAGUCAGCACGUCCAGGUGCUUGCCGUGCUGUCCGGUGCUGUGAAGGAAGUCAGUGCCGCAACCCUCAUGCGCCGCACCGUGCUCGAGCGGGAAGAGCACAGAUUGACCAAGGCAAGUCUGGCCAUGGGUUUUUACGUGUUCCGGGCUGUUAGCGAGGCUGGCGUCUAUGAGGAGUCAUGGGAGACUCUUAUGCAGCCUUGGAAGAAGAUGAUUGACGACAAGCUCACAACGUGGGCGGAAAGCGAAAGCAUGAUGCGAAGUGACUGCCAUGGAUGGAGUGCCGUUCCACUAUGGGAGAUUGGCACAGAGCUGGCAGGUGUUCGACAAGCAAGCAAGGCAUAUCAGUUGAGAGUUCAGGGGAUCGCCGAUGGAAAGACGUUCGAGAUCAAGCCUAGAAAGCAAUUGCUGGCGGAUCUUAAGGCCGACAUAAUGAUCGGACCCGACGAGACCGCCCAUGUAGAAUGGGCGACUACAUCAUAG